AUGUUCGACUCCCACCCCACAGAAGGCAAACCGCCUUCCUUCAAAGGCAGCGCGAUCAUGUACCUAGCCGAGAGCAAGGAGGCGGCGAUCGAGUUGAUUAAAAAGGAUAUCUAUACCGUCUCGGGCGUGUGGGAUGUUGAGAAUGCGCAGGUCAUUCCGUUCAAAUCCGCCGUUAGGGUUGGGCUGUGA